AUGGCAGACCGAGGCGGUCGUGGUGGGCGUGGUCGCGGAGGACGUGGCGGUGGCUAUCAAGAUGGUCGUGGUGGUGGACGCGGUGGCCCUGCUGGUUCCUCUGACUUUAGAGGAGGAAGAGGACGAGGCGAUGGCAAUUUCCGCGGCAGAGGUCAUGGCGAUGGAGGCCGCGGUGACUUUCACGGCGGCUUCAGCGGCCCUAGAGGUGGUCGCGGAGGUCACCACCGUGGAAGGGGAGGACCACGAGGUGGUCGUGGCGGCCGAGGCGGCUUCAGUGGCCAACCUGAAGGACCUGCUGUCUUCACUGUGGGAGAUUCUGUUCCCCAACCAGAUGCGGCCAUCACAAAGCUUGAAGAUGAAGUCGUGAGAAACCAAGUCACUUCUGUCGCUCAGCUCACCUCCAACAUGGGUAACUUGUCAAUGGAAGACAAGCAGAACUUAGGAAAGUUUCCUCCACGACCUGCCUUUGGCAGUAAAGGAACUCCCGUCACACUCUGGGCGAACUACUAUCAGGUCAAAACUCAAGCUCCCGUGAUCUACAAAUACACAAUGACUGUCAAGGAGAUCGUUCCUGAAGGGCAGGAAGAGACAAAGGAGCGCGCCCCCAAGACUAAGGGGAAGGGCGGCAAACCCGGAAAGUCUCAACAGUCUGGCCCUCGCGAGGUCAAGGGCCGCAAGCUCUACCUUGUUAUCAAGGAAGCUCUCAAUGAACUCUCCAAGAAGGACAAAAACCUACUCCUCGCGACUGAGUUCAAGCCACAGCUCAUCUCGUUGCGCAAGCUCAAUCUUGAGCAAGACAACACUAUUCGGUUCAACAUGCUCUCUUCGGCAGGCUCCGAAAAGACAGAUGUCUUCGAAGUUGUUUUCAAUGGCCCUGCAGAGGCUCGUGUUGAUGAGAUGCUCAAGUACGUCAACUCCAAGACUGGCGCCUCUGAUGAUGGCAACGAUCCUUCCAAGGCCAUGACCUUCCCCAAGUUCCCGGAUGUCAUUGAUGCCCUGAACGUCAUUUUCGGCUUUGGCCCACGGUCUAAGCUUGACGAGAUCAGCGCUGUGGGGAGCUCGCGCUUCUUCGCAUUUGGGAGCGAUAGCCGCCGGAAUGAGGUUAUCUUGGGCAGAGACAGAGCUUUGAAAGCUGCGCGCGGCUACUUCCAAUCCGUUCGCCUGGCCACUGGCCGCCUUCUCUUGAACGUCAAUGUCACCCAUGGUGUCUUCAAGAUUGACGGCCCCUGUGCCGCGUUCUUUGACGGGUUCGAGGUUAAUGCGACUCAGUCACCUCACAUGGCCAGAAAGUUGAAACUACUCAACAGAUUUCUUCCCAAGACCCGCGUCUGGAUAAGGACCAAAUAUGGGAAUAAGGAAGUUCGAAGAUCCAAGGCAAUUCAUGGCCUGGUGUCGAUCCGUGAUAUCAACAAACAAUGUCGCGAUAAGCCUCCCAAGUUCCGCCAUACGACAGAUUUUGUGGUUGGGCCGGGAGAUGUGAGCUUCUGGCUGGAAGAUGAGGGUAACAGCCGGUACAUUACCGUCGCAGACUUCUACAAACAAAAGUACAACGUUAAUCUGGCAAACUAUCCUGUUUUCAAUGUUGGCACUGCCGCAAAGCCUACCUUUGUCCCUGCUGAGUUCCUCGAGAUCCAGCCUGGACAGUCAGUAAAGGCCAAGCUCAAUGGCGCCGAGUCAACAGACAUGGUGAAUUUUGCUUGCCGAACCCCAUACGCCAACGCUCUCUCCAUUACUACGGAUGCCCGAGAAACGCUUGGGCUCGACGAUGACACACUGGGUCAUUUCGGCAUUCAAGUUGGUCGGCAGCUCCUCACGGUUCAAGGACGCGUUCUCACCGUGCCUCGAGUUGCAUACCUCGACCAGCAGAAGAAAUCCAAAGCUGUCGACCCGCAUAAUGGAGCUUGGAACCUCAGAGAUGUCAAGGUUGUCAAGCCCGGCCAACCCGUCAAGAAAUGGACCUACAUCAACAUCUUGUCCAGCCCUAGAUCUGAGGCCGUGGGAUCACAGUCGGUUAUAGCGUUCUCUCAGUUCAUGAAGAAGACCAUGAACAUCGCUGUCAACGACCCUAUUCCACCGCCACACGAGGCGGCCAAUAGCCGGGAUACCGAAAAGGUAUUCGGUUGGGCUCAGAGCAACCAGAUUGAGGUCAUUCUUGUGAUUCUCGACUCAACUGAUUCGGAAACCUAUGGCAAGAUCAAAACCUUUGGCGACUGUACUUAUGGUAUUCAUACCAUCUGUGUUCAGGGUUUCCAGCUGCGCAAGGGAAAUCCCCAGUAUUUCGCGAAUGUUGCUCUCAAGUGGAACCUGAAGACUGGUGGUGUCAACCACAAACUUCACAAUGAGGUCGGUUUGAUCAAAGAAGGCAAAACAAUGGUGGUUGGAUACGACGUUACACACCCGACCAACAUGUCUGCCGACAAGAGCGACGCUGCACCCAGCUUGGUUGGCUUGGUGGCCACUGUUGACCGGGACAUGGGGCAAUGGCCAGCCUACUCCUGGGAGCAGUCGUCCAAGCAGGAGAUGCUUGAUGAAACCUUGACCGAAGCUUUUAAGUCGCGCCUUGAGCUUUGGCAAAAACACAACCGACAGGAGUUGCCCGAGAACAUCGUCAUCUUCCGCGACGGUGUGUCCACUGGCCAGUUCGCCCAAGUUCUUCGCACAGAAUUGCCACGCAUCCGCAUUGCGUGCAAUGCCAAAUACCCCAAGAACAAGGCUCCCAAAAUCUCGAUCAUCGUUUCUGUCAAGCGACACCAGACUCGCUUCUACCCCGCCUCCAACGAAAACGCGAUGGAGAAGAACCACAACAUACAGAACGGCACGGUCGUCGACCGAGGUAUCACGGAGGCUCGGUACUGGGACUUUUAUCUCACCGCCCACGCAAGCAUCAAGGGCACUGCCCGUCCUGCGCACUACACUGUUUUGAUUGACGAGAUCUUCCGAGCCAAGUUCAAGAGCGAGGCAGCCAACGAGCUUGAGAAAUUCACUCACGAGCUCUGCUACCUGUUCGGACGGGCCACCAAGGCUGUGAGCAUUUGCCCUCCGGCCUACUAUGCGGACAUUGUCUGCACUCGCGCUCGAGCUCAUCGACCUGAGUUCUUCGAGGAGAGUGACGGGGAUAGCGUCGUCACUGCUGGAUCAGCCCAGGCUAAGGGCAAGGCAGUCCACCCUAGACUGAUCAACUCCAUGUACUAUAUCUAA